AGACUAAUGGCAUCAAAUAGUAAAAGGCUUAUUGGAAAAGUGUCUGUCAUAACGGCUUCAUCCGAUGGUAUUGGCUUCGCAAUCGCAAAGAGGUUUCUCCAAGAGGGUUCCAAAGUUGUAAUCAGCAGUCGCAAACAGCAAAAUGUUGAUUCAGCAGUUGAAAAAUUGCACCAAGUUGCUGAAGAGAAUCAGCUUCCGGCGUCUAAUGUGAUGGGAAUGGUUUGUCACGUUGGAAAACAAGAUCACAGGGAGAAUCUUAUUGAACAAACUGUGAAUAAGUUCGGAGGAUUGGACAUUUUAGUAAGCAACGCAGCUGUUAGUCCAACAUUUGGAAACAUUUUCGACGUCGAUGAAAAAGCUUUCGACAAAAUUCUGGACACAAACGUUCAGUCUGGGUUCUUACUUUGCAAGCAAGCUAUUCCUCACUUGAAAAAGUCUGGAAACGGUUCUAUACUGUUUGUGUCAUCAAUAGGAGCUUAUAUGCCAAUGCCAGGUAUUGGAGCUUAUUGUGUCUCCAAAACUGCUUUGUUAGGUUUGACGAAAACAAUGGCAGCAGAACUGGCUCAAUUUAAUAUCAGGGUGAACUGUUUGGCGCCUGGGCUGAUUAAAACAAAGUUCAGUGACCCGCUACUUGAUAACAGUGACGUGAGAGAUCAGUACUUGAAUGUGAUUCCGAUGAGGCGAGUGGGAGACCCGGACGAGAUGGGAGGACCGGCUGUGUUUCUGUGUUCCGAUGAUGCCUCGUAUGUUACGGGAGAGACCCUAGUUGCUGCAGGCGGAAUUAAUUCAAGAUUAUGAGAAAAUAAAAACUUUUCCUGCUAAGAAAACCUGGCGAAAAACGAAGUUUUGAAUGGAUUGCAAAGAAGACAGUUGGCAAAAAAGAAUUGAUCUGGAGUCACUAAACGAACUGAAUCUGGAAUAAAAUGGAGAUUGUGAUUGCUUGAUAAACUCCUUUUGAUUUUCGCGUUUAAAUUUUAAUUGUUUACCAGCACUGCCUUUAGUUCUAUCUGUAGUUGAAAUCGUACGUUUAAUAUACUUAUGAACAUUGUUCAAAUUUGUAAAUACAUGUUUCUUAACGCGUUUCAAUGAAAGAUCA